UUCAUUUCUAAUUACAGGUAACCCUCAACCUAUGACCACAAUUGAGCCCAACAUUUCCACUGCUAAGUGAAACAGUUGCUCAGUGAGUUUUAUGACUCAUUUUAUGACCUUUCUUGGCACAGUUGUUAAGUGAGUCACUGCAGUUGUUAAGUUCAUAACAGGGUUGUUGAGUGAAUCUGGCUUCUCCAUUGACUUGGCUUGUCAGAAGGUUGCAAAAGCUGAUCACAUGGUCCCGGGACAUUGCAAAUCGUCACAAAUACGAAUCAGUCGCCAAGCAUUUAGAUUUUGAUCACGUGACCACACGGGGGUGCUGCAACGGUCAUGAACGCGAAAACGGUCGUAAGUCACUUUUCUGUGCCAUUGCAACUUCGUCCGUCACUAAAUGAAGGGUUGCAAUUCCAGGACUACCUAUGCCGAAACUAUUCUACCGCUAAAAGAGGCCUUCACGAUAGGCGUGUUAUACUGUAGUGCCUUUUAGUUUAAUUCUUUUAAAAAACCGUCCAUCAACGUUCAUUAAGAGAGCGUCAAAGUCCUGGAGUUGCCACCCACAAGAAUUUUAAUACUUUAAUGAAGCAUUUGCUGAAUUGGAAUGUUUGGGUAUUUCCGAGAGAGCUAGCAGCGCACGAUAACUUAAUCUUCUGUAGCUUGUUUUUGUGAAGCUUGCAAGGAACAAGUUUGCUAUUUUUUAAAAAAUUUUCUUUCUUUUCUUUUUUUUUUCCUUUUGAAACGGGAACAUUCUGUCUAUGUGCAUAUUUAAUAGUUGCAACUGAACUACUCUGUAACCAAGGACAAUAUCAUUUGAUAUUCUUGUUCUCGGUGCUGCAUUCAUCGCCGUCCUUGAUGUUGUUCGUCUCAAACUGUUGUGAAACAAGUUUACUGAAGACUUGUUUCUUCUGGAGUGGAAUGCUGGAUGUGUAGGCUGGAACUGGGAAAUACUUGCGUGUCGUUCCCGGUUCACCAAUGGCUCCAUUGUUUUAAAGCUCUGUAGACAGCAAAGCGUGGCUACAUUGGGCUGAGUGUUCGAAGGAAUUUGAUAUUCGAACCCUCUGAGUUACUUGAAGGUCUCAGGGAUUUUUUUUCCCCCCAAGCAAAAGAAGAAAGACGGGUGUCACCCCCACUCUGCCUCGGAUUUUUCUGCACGCGUGAACAGAAUGGACUUUGUAUGAUUGAUCGUUGCACGGCGAUCUGGAAAUAGAGGUUCUUGCUCAAUGAGGACUAAAACUGUAAAUAGGAUUCGGGGCUGCUCAAGGAAAGAGAACAUCUACGGUACUGAUGUUGAACAGGAUGCUGCUGUCAAACUUGCUCAAGAACGUGCUGAGAUAGUUGCCAAGUACGACCGAGGACGUGAAGGAGCCGAGAUCGAGCCUUGGGAAGAUGCUGAGUACCUGCUUUACAAAGUUACCGACCGAUUUGGUUUCUUGCACCAGGAGGAGUUACCAAUUCACGAUGCAGCAUCUGAGAAGCAAAAGCAGCUCGAGAUUGAAAGAACUACAAAAUGGUUGAAGAUGUUAAAAAGCUGGGAGAAAUACAAGAACACAGAUAAGUUUCACAGGCGAAUCUAUAAAGGAAUUCCAUUGCAGCUGAGAGGUGAAAUCUGGUCCCUGUUGCUCGAUGUCCCAAAAAUGAAAGAAGAAAUGAGAGGUUAUUAUAAUACUUUAAAAACUCGAGCAAGAGGAACCUCUCCAGAUAUCCGGCAAAUAGAUCUUGAUGUUAAUCGGACCUAUCGGGAUCACAUCAUGUUCAGAGAUAGAUACGGAGUAAAGCAACAAUCUUUGUUCCAUGUCUUAGCUGCAUAUUCUGUUUAUAAUACGGAGGUUGGAUACUGUCAAGGGAUGAGCCACAUCACCGCAUUGCUCCUAAUGUACAUGAAUGAAGAAGAUGCUUUCUGGGCUUUGGUGAAACUGCUCUCGGGGCCCAGGCAUGCUAUGCAUGGGUUUUUUAUUCCUGGUUUUCCUAAGCUGUUGAGGUUUCAAGAGCAUCAUGACAAAAUAAUGAAGAAAUAUUUAUCCAAACUUAAGCAACAUUUUGAUUCCCAGGAGGUCAACACCAGCUUUUACACAAUGAAGUGGUUUUUCCAGUGUUUCCUUGACCGUACUCCCUUUAGGUUAACCCUCAGGAUCUGGGACGUCUACAUACUUGAAGGAGAGCGAGUUCUUACUGCAAUGGCCUACACCAUUCUGAAACUGCACAGAAAACACCUGGUGAAAUUGCAGAUGGAAGAACUGGUCCAGUUUCUUCAGGAGGCUCUUGCCAAAGAUUUCUUCUAUGAUGAUGAUUUUGUAAUAGAACAGCUCCAGAGCUCCAUGGCAGAACUGAAACGAGCAAAGAUGGACCUCCCUGUCGCAGGUAAAGAGGAUGAAUUUCCAAAGAAGUUGGGGAAAACUCCAGCUGACAAUCAACCUGCCAUGCUGAAUCUCACCCAUCUUGUCAACGGACAAAAAAACAACAUUGUCUCGAAGGAGGCCCGGGCAAGCCAGAGGACUGGAGAAGGACAUCGAGAAGGUUCACCAAGGAGAUAUGGAGAAGGAGGCCAAGAAAGCUCACCCACAGCACGAACAAAGAGAGACCGGGAUGGCUCACCCACACCGCGGGCAGAGAGAGGCCGAGAAAGCUCACCAAAUCGCCAAAGACGAAAAAAUUCCUUGGAAAAGAGGCACACUUUGAGACAUCAGCAAAAGCCAGUAACACUAAACACACAAAGUGGGUUGCCAAAGCACGAUGGGGAGAACCCCAGAAGAAAGCCAGAAACACAAACAGAGGUUGACCCCAAGCAGAAACACAACGCAGCCGCGAACCAGAACUCCAACGCAGUAUUAACUAAUACAGGGAAAGAGUUUGUACCCAGGUGGAUUAAACCUUCCGAUGUGAAGAUCAUUGAAAAAACGACGAAAAUCACCAUGGAGUUUAAGACUAGAUCUCCAAAGCAGGCCUGGACAGGACCAGCCCCUGCUUUGGAGGACGAAGCUCAGCUAUUCAACCCCAAGCAAAAAGUUAGGGUUUGGGAUGUGGAUGAAAGUAAGCGUGGGUCGAAUGCCUCGCAGUACGACAAUGUUCCCGAAGCUGAUCUGGAGAACGGAAAUUUCGUGGAGCAGGCCCCGGAGAGAGUUGCUCUGCCAAGUCCAAGGAACACAGCUUUCUCCAGCGGUUCCAGAAAAGAGAUCGAGAAAGGAUCUAGUCCACCAAAAAUAUCCAACAGUUAUGCCUUCAGCGCUCAACCAAGGGCCCCCAGAUACUCAUCCCAAUCUGACGGAUCGGUGGUUGGACCUCAUAUGAGACAGCCACCACCAUCUUACAAUAAUCCACCUGUUUACCAAGGGUAUUCUCCAAAGCACAUUACCAAAGUAGGUAACUUCACAGCCACGCAGUACAAUCACGGGACUCGCACCAGCUCCGCCACUCAGUUGUACAGUCCUGAUUUUCCACCAGAGGUGGAAACUCAUCAGAUGCUCUCUGAGAAGCCGCCUAGAAAUUACUCUGCCCUCCACCAGAAUCUUGUUGUGACGCCUUCGAGUCGGAUAGAAGUUCUCCCAGAAGAGGUCUUCCCAAGCAGCCCCAGAGGCCUCCGUCCUGCAAUCCCUCCAGUCGAUUAUCUGCCAGAUCAUAAAAAAUGGUCGGACCCCCCUUUCGCGUACAGGCCGGGAGCCUACGGACAAUCGUGGGGUGGAGACGGUAGCCGAAGUCACUUCGCUAACCUGAAGAGACAUCCAGGGUUUCAGCCUAAGCCUCUUGAAGACCACAACCUUCCCACCCUUUCCGUGGACAGGCCUCUGAGAUACAGGACAGCCUCAGGGGAACUCGGGCCCCCCUCCUACCAGUAUCCGAGUUCCCCUGGCCCCGACCGCCAUUACAGGCACCAAGCGGAUGGGUUGUCUACGAACGAAUCAGUGCUGCUUUGAAAAUAUAUAUAUAUAUAUAUCUCAUUUCCGCUCACCUAAAAGGCCAGGAGGAAAAGAAGAGGCUUUGGGUCGAGAAUGAUCUAAGAUUAGUAUUCUUUCCACAGGACCAUUCAAACUCUCGUGCAGAAAAGUAUAACACUACUUCGUGUUCGAUUUUGACGAAAGGCGACCCUGAGAAACGAGCAGAGCAAAACGAAUCUCAUAAAUGUAGCAAUAUCUUCCCCCGUGGCUGUCAUGGCACUUGUUUGGUUCAGUCGCUUCUUUGGGAAAACGAACCAGUAGCCUAAAAUUUGCAAAGCUCCGCUCAGCCAGCAGGACCCAGGAGACUCUUGACUGGGGGCAGAUGCAAAAUCUAAAAAAAACGGAGGUGUGGAUGUCUGGGGACCACGCCCACAAAGUACUUUCUAUUUAACUUUUAAAACAAAAAAAAAAUUUUGUGCUUAAUUUAAUUUAUAAACCAUCUGUUACUUAGAAAGGAAUUUGGGGUGGGGUAAGGGUGGGACGUCUUGACUUUUUCUUUCUUUCUUUUUUUUACACACUGCCUCGGUAGCUUCAGAAGAGAAAAAAAAAAAAUCCAGGUCCUCGGAAGACCAUCUCUAGAGAGGGAUGCGGUGGCAUAUGGCUAGCUGGAAGAAGACCUCUGGGUCCAAAUCAGCGGCACUCUGACGUAGCCAAUAAAUGGUGCUUCUGUAACCAGGACUGUAUGAAUUGUAGCACACUGUCGGAUGUUGGGCUGUUUGACUGACUCCUUCAUACUUCACAUCUCCAAAGCCAGCUAUGCACUGUAGUAGCUGUCAUUUUGAGUGUCCCAGGUGAGUUCUGCGGAGGGAGGUUUAGAAGUCCAGCAAAUGCAAUUGAUGCAUUUGUAGUGUAGAACAGGGGUUCCCUAACCCCGGGGUCCCAGCUCACUAUUGGGCCACGAGCUGUUUGCAACCGGGGCACCAGUGGUGAAAUCCACAUUUUUUUUACUACCGGUUCUGUGAACGUGGCUUUUGGGGCAUGGUGUGGCUUGGUGGGCGUGACAGGGGAAGGAUACUGCAAAAUCCCCAUUCCCUCCCCACUCCAGGGGAAGGAUACUGCAAAAUCUCCAUUCCUACCCCACUCUGGGGCCAGCCAGAGGUGGAAUUGGCCGGUUCUCUGAACUACUCCAAAUUUCCGCUACCGGUUCUUCAGAACCUGAUGGAUUUCACCCCUGCGGGGCCCGGAAGCAAUGUGCGAGCGUGAGCGCGCGCACCCACUGCUUGUGCAAAUGGAGAUGUGCAUGCACUCUGGCUGACCACUCACGCGGAACCAUCCCUCCCCCUCUCCCUCCCCCUCCAAUCCCCGGUCCGCAAAGCUGGAAAGAUUGGGGUACUCUGGCGUAGAAGGUUAAUAUGCUUUGGUAGAGAAGAACCUCUGGUCUGGUUUUUCACAGCCCUGGCCCAUUCCUGCCUUUUCCAUGUAGGGGUUUCACACCUGCCUUGGGGGUUCACCAAUACCGAGCACGCGCUCCAUUGGGUCGAACCCAACCUGUUAUCCCUUGUUUGGGUAGUAUUAUUGAGCACAUAGUAUCUGUAAUGGCUUGGACACUGUGCAGAUGCUCCUAAUUGCACCUAUGAAGCUGCAAGUCCAUCAGAGGCACGUGAAUCUGUUCCGCACACUCACAGUAGGCCCUGCGCCUCCUGUUAAAACAACCGGCACAACUUGCUGCGUAGGAAGCAUGCAAAAAAGCAACCUCUGCCUUUCUACCCCAGAAAGAUGAAAAAAAGAAGAUUUUUUUUUUAAGGACAAGUUUUUUUUUAAGCCCUCCUGAAACAGACCUCUCACAUCAAAAAAAACCUAAAGAGAUCUGAUCCCUUCCAACGCAUUCUUUAUUUAUUUCUGCAAUUAAACAUUCGUAUGAUGUUUAAUCAUACCAGUUUAAUCAUAAUCGCUUUAAAAGUAACCUGGCUUUCAUAUGAUAGCCAGGUUACUUUUAUUCCUCUCUUGUCCCAUGUGCCAGCAGUAUUGUCUUGGAGGCUUUGCCGUGGGGCUGACCUUUGAAUGAUGGCUUUCAAGGUGGAUUUGGUGACAUAGUGGACAAGUUCAUCCAAAAUGGGAUGUCUCUUACUUCACCGAAAGGGAAACAGCAGAGAAACGAUUGUGCUAGAACAGGGGUCCCCAAACUUGGCAACUUGAAGAUGACCUCAUCCUCUUCCUUGUCUUCCUCGUCCUCCUCCUCUUCUCCUUCUCCUCCUCCUCCCCCUCCUCCUCCUCCUCCUCCUUCUCCUUCUCCUCCUCCUGCCAUAUCCAUCAUUGGACAUUGGUGAUCAUGUUGGCAAUCCUAUGUUUGUCAACAGCCGCACUAAAAAGUGCUGCUGAGUUUUAUCCAAACCAGUCCCUUAGAUUUUGAAGCCACAAUGUCCUUCUUCUGCCUGGACCUCAUUUGCCUUCAGUCUUUCCCUGGAGGAUUACGUGAAGGAUGCCGUAUUUUUCUGGGUGUCGUAUCACAUGUCCAAUGCUUUUUAAUGGCUUUGAUGAUUUCCCUUGGCUUUCCCAGGGGGCUUAUCACCGCCUCAUUUGUGAUUUUGUUAACCCAUCUUAUACGUAACAAAAGUCUGUAAAUCCACGUUUCAAACGCUUCUAGUUUCUUCAAGUGGUUUUCUGUCAGAGACCAACUCUCCACUCCGUAGAGCAGGAUUUAAGACUUGGGGACUUCCAAUCCCAGAAUUCCUCAUGGCCAACUGGGGAAUUCUGGGAGUUGAAGUCCACACGUCUUAAAAGUUGCCAAGUUUGAAGAGCCCUGUUCUAGAACACGUAAAAACAAGAAGACCAAGGAGGCGAACGCGGUAUUCCAUGAUGGGUUUGCCAGGAUGUUAAUUACAAUUUUGCACCCAUCUAAUUCCUAGCAGUCCUUAAAAACGAGCAAAGCCACUAACUGGUUGAGCUCAACCGGGCGAGCGGAUGUUGCGUAAGCCGAUCUUUGGACUCAGUGAUCCGAGGUGCUCCCUGCGGCCUGUUCUUUCUUGCUCAAAUAAUGAUGUGACCUUGUAGCGAUAUCUUGAUUUGAUGAGCGCCAACAAUCGCAGCUUCCUAGGGAGGGUUUGUUGUGAUCUCAAAGCGAAGAGCUGUUUCCCUUCUCUUGUUUUGUAAAUUUGCCCCUUGCUCUCUUGAGCAUCCUUCCCCGUUCCCCGUAACAAGCUUGUUCUUCUUCUUCUCGAGAGCCAUAGACUUUCCCGCCCUUGAUUGGACCAGGGCUGCUGUAGCAUUAGGCCCUUAAAGGAUGAUUAUAGGUAUAAAGCCUAGCGCUGAAGUGCUCCUUCAUCCUUGGUGGGAAGCCAGAAAAUUUACUGCAUCUUUGGAAUUCACUUUUUUUUUUUUUUACUUUUAUCACGUAGGGCAAAAAGAGCUGGAAUAAGCAGGAAAAAGAGAUCUUAAUCCCGCUGGUUUUUGGGGAAUGGGGACAGGCAGCCACUUCAGGUUGUCGCAUGGUAAUCCCAGAGAUGAUGGUCUGAAGGCCCCCUUCCAGGUUUCCCUUGUUAGUUCUGUUUGCCCAGCAUUGAGUAGCGUGCCAUAGACAUGAAUGGGGAUAUGCAUGACCUCGAAGCUGCCGUAGGGUUGAUGUUCUUCAGAAGGUUGCCCCAAGUGAAGAAACUCUGAUCUAGUCACAGCUCUUCAGUUGGCCAAGCAGCUACAUCUCUGUUUAAUAGGAGAUGCACCUUCUCUUCCUCCUAGGUCCCCUUCUUGGGUUCAUAACCAUGAUACAGCUCAGGGGUCUCCAAACUUGGCACAACCGUAAUAUAACACAAGUCUCCGAACUAGGAAACUUUAAAAUUUGCGGACUUCUAACUCCCAGAAUUCCCCAGACCACAUGGCUGGCUGGCUGGCUGAGGAAUUCUGGGAGUUGAAGUCCUCACAAGUCUUAAUGUUGCCACGUUUGGAGACCACCGAUGAUAGCUGGUAUGUUUCUGAUUUAGUGUUUCUCUGAACCUCACUUCUGUGCUUCAGUAAGACAAGUGUUUGCAGCUCAAUCCAAUGCGCAAACCCCACCACUGUGGUUGAUUCAACAACGCCUUAGGUCCAACCUGACCAUUGUAUUUUCCUUUCUCCUUAAAAUUUGCAGUGACAUAACCACAAAGGACAAGAGCCCCACCCCCACCCCCGAAAGAUCCAACAUUAACCCUAGGAAACACACAAAAAUGUCAUUCAGCGUCUUCCAACUCUUCACAGCAGGAUUGCAAGGUCCACUAAAAUGCAACAUGUAUGUGUGUAUGCGCACAUUCACACACAGCCAUCCUCCAGGUUGUACCCCGGCCCACUCGAGGAUAAAGAUGCUGAGCAAAACUGUUGAAAUGCUUAAGAUUUUGUCUUGAUUGCACAAAAACGGAAAACCGUGGUCAAACUGCAUUGCUCUCCCUCUACACUACAUCGGGUCUGUAACGUUUGUGACCCACCACACACUGAGCCUGAGCCACACAUACACACACACACACACACACACACACACACACACACACAGAGGCAACCCCACUGACAGCUUUGUCGAUCCCUUCCACACUGUAAACCACGAAACCUGGUCUGUGGUCUGUCUAUCUGAGCUUUCUGAGUUACGAGUUGGACAGACCUGCCUUAAACACAACUCUGCUUCAGUGCCUGCGUUUGCUGCAGAAUGGCAUUAUUGUGAUAGUAUGGUCUUUCUUUUUUAUAUAUACAAAAAAAGAUGAAAUAACAUUUAGCUUACAUGAUGGACAUCAGUUGCAAUCUUUAAAAUUACUUUGAGAAUUCACCUUUUUAUAUAUAUAUAUAUAUAUUUUUAAAAAACCCCACUGCAUGCGGCUUUGCAUUCUAGCAAAGGUUCUUAAAGGAAGAGGCGACGUGUGUUCCUCUAAAGGAUAUUGGACUCCAGGUCCCAUCAGCUCUAACCACUGUAGCCAAUGGGGAAGGAAUGAUGGGACUUGGAGUCCAUACCUUCAAGGACCCCACGUUUCCUAACCCUGUUUUAAACUGACAAAUACUACUUUUUGUCUUUUUACUUUUCAAGUUUCAUUUCCUGCAGUCUAGAAAACGUAUGUAUAUAAUAACCGUGCGAUUAUGUCAUAAUCUCAAAGUUUAAACUUGGGCUUUGUGAUUUGUAAUAACAAUAAUGAAAUUGAAGCUGUACAAUUUACUGGAUGCUAGCAGCAGAACGGUGGCAGCUGCGAAGAUAUGUAUGGAGAUUAUUAAGUAUUGUAGAUUUUUAUACAUAAAAUAUAUAUAUGCUAUUUUUCUUA